AUGUCAAACAACGGCCACGACAACGACAACAACAACGACAACAACAACGGUAACCUCCCUCCUCCAGCAGCUGCAACUUCAGCUUCCUUGCCAAACCCCUCGGCUAACAGCAUGAACGCUCGUAUUGGAGCGUCUUCUGUGUUUUCCAACAUGUCCGAGGAUGAACGUCAACAACGAUACGAAGCUAAAAUGAAAUCAAUGGGUAUCCAUGAUGCCAUUCCUCAAGAGAAACCUGAAACAGAGAGCGAAACUGAAACGUUGGAUUCGCUCAAGCGUAGCAUGAGUGUUCAAAGUGAACGAAACAGGAACAACAGCGACAACAACAACCGCAGCAAUAGCUCUGCUAUCAAUCCUGCUGGACAAGUCGUGAACCGAUCCAUCAGUCUAAAUCCUUCCACUAGCAAUCCUACCGGUACUCCUUCCACCACAGCGCAUGUUGAUUUGGUAGAGCAAGAGAGACAAAGGAGAUAUGAUGCCAAAAUGGCUGCAGUCGGUCUGGCACAACCAGAACCAGAAAAGGAACAACCAGUAUUGCACCCUGACCAUCAGGCACAAAUGACGGGCAAGUUAUCGGUGGAGCCCACGAGCGGCGAAAUGGCCAACGAAGCCGACGAAAAGAAUGCAUUUUCUAGUCCUCCUGCACCAGUAUAUGACACUGAUGCAGAACACAUCAAGGAACACGAGAAUAUCAAGAACUUGAAUUAUGCCCACCACAAGAACAAUCCAAACAAUAUGAUGGACGCUGAUUUGGCAGUGGCCAUGGCUAUCAACGAAGAGGAAGAAAUGGAAAAGGGAAAAGAUGAAACGAUUGUCUAUGCCAUUGAAUAUGACCCAGAGUCCAAACCACCACUCCACAAGAAUAGACGAUUCCAACUAUAUGGAUUUAUUGGAUUCUUGGUCGUUGUGUUGGUUGCUGCGGGGGCCGCUGUCGGAGUGGGUGGUGGUGGUGGAGAAACCACCAUUGUCGAUGCCAAAUCACUGCAAGGGGAAUUGGGUCCUACUAAUUCUCCCACCGUUUACUUGACUCCAGAAGAACAAGUGGUUUACAGCUUUUUGAGCCUACAUUUUAGUCCCAAGGUUCGCGAAGAAGGCACUCCUCAUCACAUGGCUGCCCAAUGGGUUCUAUACGAAGAUCCCUAUUCCCAAGAUAUUUUGAAGGAUUUGUCAAAUGUUUCAGGCUCCUUGGAUGUUCAAUUCUUGCAACGUUACGUCUUGGCCUUUUUGUGGUUCCAUUCUACCAACAUAGGCAAGGAUCCUUGGAGAUCCUGUAAUCCACCUACUUUUAAGAGCAUGAACCUGCUGGAUACCUUGGUCACCCCAAGUGCUGGACGUUUGGUCACGGAAGGGGUAGAAGCUGGUGCAGAAGCAGAAGCUGAUGCUGAUUCAGAUACCUGCACCUUUUUGCAAUGGAAUCGAUUGGAAAAUGAUGCGGUUUGCUUUGGAGCUGUUCCAGGGGUUCAUCGAUGGAUGUCAAGUGCGGAUACCUGCCAAUGGCAAGGAGUGGAUUGUUCCACUGGUACCGAAGUCUUGGGAUUGGAUUUGUUCUGGCAAGGUCUUUCAGGAACUCUUCCCUCCGAGUUGAUGGCACUCACGUCGCUACAAAAGAUCUCCUUUGCUUACAAUCAACUCACCGGUACAAUCCCAGGGGAAUAUGCUCGUCUUCGAACACUCUUUGCCUUGGAGCUUCACGGUAAUUUGUUGACGGGAACCAUACCCGAUUCUUACUACGAGGCCGCCAGUGAAACGGGUGCCUUGGUCUUGUUGAAUGUGGGAGACAAUCAAUUGACUGGUACAUUGGAUACUCGCCUUGGUCUUAUGACAGAUCUAAAGGGUUUUCAUUUCUUCGACAACUCUUUUAAUGGACCUAUUCCAACAGAAAUUGGAAACUUGCGAUACCUCUCGUAUUCCAGAGGUUAUGGAAACAAUUUGUCAGGAUCCCUGCCAACAGAAGUUGGGAAAUUGCGACAAAUGAAUGAAUUUUGGUAUUACCAAAUGGGUCUCACUGGACCCAUUCCAUCGGAGAUUGGAAACAUGAAGCGUCUCCAGUAUCUCCGUCUUUGGGGUAACGAUUUGAACGGAUCCAUUCCUGAAGCAUUCUACUCCUUGCGCAAGCUCGAACAGGUUGCCUUGCAAGAGAACUCUUUGACUGGAACCAUUAGUACUUCCAUUUCCAACAUGAUGGCCUUGGAGGCACUCCGUGUGUCCUCCAAUAAGCUCAGGUCCACCAUUCCGACCGAAGUGGGUGACUUGCUCGGGCUCAAGGUCGCUUGGUUCCAUCAGAACGAGAUGACAGGAACUAUGCCUGAGCAAGUCUGUAGGCGUGGACUCAUUGGGUUGCAAGCUGAUUGCGAUCCCGAAGGUGCUGCUGCUGUCGAGUGUACGUGCUGCUCGUCGUGUUGCGAACAAGGACUAGGAUUGGGCACUUGCUUCUUCCGUGAAGGAUACGGAGAACCAACCUUGCCACCCAACACAUUUGAUGACUACGUCAUGUGCGAACCUUAA